AUGAUACGGUUUUUGAUCUUGAUAUGUUUUGUUUCUUUCGUCAAACUACAAAAUUUUGAUACUCCAAUAAUUGCAAACGGAACUUUGAAUGUAAAUGUUGAAAGAAAAUGCCCAGAUGGUUGGGCAUCAUUUCAAAGACAAAAAGGGUUAUACUGUAUUAAAGUAUUCUAUCCUCCACCAUAUUUGUAUACUCAACCACAAGCACAAGCAAUGUGUAAUGAAAUUGGAGCAAGAUUGGCUGGAAUCGAAACAAUUGCAGAACGAAAUUAUAUUGCACGUAAGUUGUUUGAUUAGUAGAGAAAUUACGAAUAGUGUAGCUUUUACAGGUAUUGGUGCAAGUUACAUGACAAAUCUGGGUUUAACACAAACACGAGUAUGGGUUGGAGCCUAUCGAGUUCUUCAAUGUACUAAAACUAAUGUUAUCGUAGAUAAAUGUAGUGAUGUAAGUUGAUAUGUUCAGAAACAUAAAGUUUUUUUUAGAAUAAAAAUUAUUCCAGAUUAAAUACGCAUUCACGUGGAGUGAUGGUAAUGUUGUCGGGAAUGAUCAACUGCGAUUCUAUGCUGCAGAUAACGCAGGGUAAAAAUAGUUUAAAAAACAAAAUUUAAAUUUAAAAAUUUGAAGAACCGGUCAGCAGUGUUCUCAAAUGGCGAUCGCAUCAUUUCCACAAACAGACGAUGAUUCUCCACUAUAUGGACAAAUCUCAUUACUUGAUGAUGUCAGUUGUGAUGGGACUGUUGAAACAUGGGAUCAAAAUCAAUAUGCACAGUAUGUUUGUGGAAAACUUGCACCAAUUGUCAGUUACAACACUUACUAA